UUGACAAACUCCGGCUCCAGAUUUCAGAUUGUCGUGCUCCUACAGUUUGUUAUUGUUACAGCUUCUAAUUUGUUGAUUUAGUCGUGUACUGAUUAAGUGAAGUUGACCUUUAACAAAGGCAAAAAUGUCGUUCACCUACGUUUUCCUUAGUGCUCUUCUCAUCGGCAGCUGCAUUGCACAUAAAGAUAAGAAGAAAGUCGAUCCGAAGAUUAAACCGACGGACACGCAGCCAACACUCGUUGUCGAUGCAUCUAAUCCGGAUCAGCGCCUCCUCUUUCCCUUUGGACUGGGUUUCGGCGGUCUCGGCCUGGGCGGUCUUGGCUUCGGUGGAUUAGGCCUGGGCGGGUUAGGCUUAGGCGGUCUUGGAUUUGGAUUGGGUGGAUUCGGGUUAGGCGGUUUCGGACUCGGCUUUCCAGGUCUGUUUUGGGAUGAAAGCCAGGAUGGACAGUCCGCCAUGUCUGAAGACGAGAGCGCAGCCGAUGAAUCCCAGCAGACGGAUGCGACUUCUAUUGGCAGUGACCCCAGCAAGGUCAUCCGCAUUCCGGGUGAGGCCAUUCAGAGCGUCUUCGUCAAGCUUCGCCCCGGAUACAGUCGUGUGUCGCGUGUUCCGACGCCGGCCGCUACCAGCAACAUCGACACUACCGGCAUGUCGACGGCAUCCGCCAUUCCCAUGCAACCGCAGACCCAGCGUGUCUUCGCGGCCCCGGGAUCGUUUCCGGGUCGUCUUCCCGGAUCCGGGAUUAUUCCCGGGUCAUACAUCACUGUCAUUCCAUCCAAUCUUAACGCACUCAGUAAGUAUUAAUGCGCUGCUUAUAUUCAAUCGCUUUGGAGUGAUGGAUUCGGAAUUCGAUCAGUAACUUUCCCGUGUUUGCUACAGUUGUGAAUGGAACAACGGAUAUCAGUCAGCAUAACUAAUUUUGUACACAAUUUUUGUUUUGCAAUUUCCUGGUCGUUACAGUUUUAUUGAUCUCGCUGGUUGUUAAAAACACUUGCUGCGUAUAAACAUCAUUUCAAGCUGAGUGCACAAAUAAAAAGUAUAAAAAACGGGGAAAGCAAUAGCAUUGAUUUAUUGUGCAGUAGUACAAAAACAUUAACAAUUCACACAAAUGUGGCUGCACAGGAAAUCCCAUUAUACAUGCUGCACAGGAAAUCCCGUCCAGAAGAUGUUCCACAAAAUAGCGAAGACAAACAGCAGAAUGGUUAACACUAGGCAAAUCCACCAUAUUACCCGCUCCCACGCCAGUUUAUUCAAAUUUUUCAGACAAACCACUCCCAAUAACAAUCCGCAUAUUGCUCCGCAAAAGUGCGCUGAAUAGCCAAUCAUCGGCUUGUCUUUGCCAUCGUAGAAAUGCCGGUAAUAAAUAAAUACACCAAUAUCACUGCCCAUCAAGACAAUCCAGAAGAUCAACCGGAUCCAGGCAUACUCCAUUUCUUUCCAAUUCUGGAUAUCAUACAGUUUAAUUUUUUAUGUAAUAAUUUACGCAGGAUAUUUUCAU